AUGGUGGCAGUAAGGGAUAAAGGUUACGACCUCAUCAAUACCUCUAUACCUCCAUCAGACCAGGUUAACCUACCAGCAGAAGAGGUCCCUCCAGAGCACCCUGAACCUGCAUUAGGUAUCAAUUUUGCAUGUGAUGGAAUUCCAGAAAAUGAUUGGUUGUCUAUGGUUGUUGUCCAUAGUGACACAUGGCUACUUUUUGUUGCGUAUUAUUUUGGUGCAAGAUUUGGUUUUGACAAGGAUGAGUGUAUGGGAGAUGUAUCACUAAGGAAGAUUGGAGUAGAAGAUAAGAGGGCUAGAGUGCAAAAGGAGUCAAAGAUUCUUCUUGAUUACACUCGGAAAGCCAUAGCAAGGUUGACUUAUUUGAAAAGAACACUUUCACAGCUGGAAGAUGAUGUGGCUCCUUGUGAGGCUCAAAUGGAGAGUUGGAAUAAAAAUCAGGAUACUUGCGUAUAA